CCCUUUCCCCGGCAGCGAUCUACAGUGAAUCUGGUUGGCAGGUUGAGUUACAUCGCAUCGCGCUCUGGCAGGAUCAAUGAGUGCCAAUACCAAGUACUUACGGUACUGUAUGAUCUCGAGACCAGCAAUGUUUCCGUCCUUGUUGGCCAUUCGUUGCGACUUUUCAUGCCAAUUCCACUCUUUGCUAGGGAAGCUUGUUGGAGGGUGACUGACUGUUCAUCUGCUGCUCAUGGCACGACAUUUCCUCCUUCUCGUACGGGAACCAGCCCCUGUGCGAGAGCUCGAAGGCAUGUCAUGCACUACCAAAGUCUAAAAAGACCCCCAAAAAAUCCCACGGCAAAUCACAAAUCCCAUGUUCUGUCUCGCCUACGGUGUAGUACUGGGGGGUCUUGGAGGGAACUGCCUUUCCCGGACGAUAUGCUCCACCUGGGCAGAUUUGUCGUCCAUCUCAUCAUUCCUCCAAUUCCAUCUCGUGCCCGUCGAGACGACUGUCCAAAACACACCAACCACAGACGAUACGCAGAUUACGCAGUUACGCGGCUUUCCCAGCAGUGAGGGAGGCUAGCGCGCCGCACCAGCCUCUCAGCAGCAACAACACGAAGCCCGGCAGUCUGGGAGAGAGGGACCCUCCUCAAGCACGCACACACGGCACGCCGCACGCCUCACGGAAAAGCUCAAAGAGGGACGCGGGAAUGACAAACUAUGGAGGGGCGUGUGGCGCUUGUAUCGGUCUGUUCCAGUUCCAUUCCCA